CGCAGGGGCAUCGCAUCGCAUUUCUACACCUCCCAGCCAUGACCACGCGCGUUUGAACUUACCCGAACGAAAUUUCUCAUCGCCAAUACACUCUACAUGCUCGAGUCUACCACGCUGUGCGCUUUCCGCUACAAUGACCGACUAUUCGAAAUGGAAGGUGACCGAUCUUAAAGCCGAGCUGAAGCGGCGCGGCAUCGCGCAGACCGGUCUCCGCGUGAAACAACAGAUUAUUGACCGAUUGGUGGAGGAAGAUGCCCGCGAUAAAAAGGAUGCUGUCACGAAUGGAGAGCCGGCCGCCGAAGAGGAUGUUGCGCCGCAGGAAGCGCAGCCCGUCGACGCGAAGCAGCCAGAACCAGAGCCAGAGCCAGCCGCGGAUGCGCCAGCUCAACCCGAGGCUACUGAGACCGAAGUGAAAGAUAAACAGAUUGAGGAGGCAGCACAGGAGCAGGAACAACCACAAGCACAAACAGAGGAACAGGGUGACGCGGUUCCUGAGUCGAAGCCUGAGCCGGUGACUGACGAAGCUCCCGCCGGAGGACCCGCUGAGCAAGAACAGCAACAAGAACAGCCAGAGCAACCUGCCCAAGAAUCACCGAAACCUGAGGAACCAGCUCAACCCGUCGAUUCCACUACUGUCGACCAACCCGCCGAUACUUCCGCCCCGCAAGACCAGACCGAGAAUGACACUGCUGCAGCACCGGUAGAGCAGGCUCCUGGAGAAGCAGCACCGGAACAGUCUGAGGACAUGGAGCCAAAACCUGCUGAACCAGCUGGAUCUGGUGAGACCGCUGCGCCGCCCGCUGCAGUCCCCUCGGAAAUGAACACCGGCCUGUCAACACCCCUGCCGACAGAAGAAGUGUUGGAGGACCGGCGCAAGAGGAAGCGCCGCAGUCAGAGUCCUGUGCCAACACCGGAAGCGCUCGCAAGUAAAAAGGCCAAAGCCCUAGACGAGACACCCCGAGUCGUAUUGCCGGAAGACCAGGUUUCCGUGGACAAAGAACGUGAGGCACGGGAGGACGGAGCUCCCGGUCCGCAAGAAACCCCUGAAGAACGCGCGGGGCGCGAGACCGCGCCGGAUGAGGCCCCGCCUGUGCAAGAUGAAACAUCCAAGAAAGGCGCGCCCCUGAAACAUGACGUUCGCUUCAAGGGGCUUUUUGCUGCCAAGGAGACGGAGCAGACUCGCCCCGGCUCCCCUCCACCGGCGGAUGCGGUGAUGGAAGAUGCCGACGUCGAGCCUGCCGUGCAUGCUGCUACAGCAGCUCUCUAUGUCGGCGGAUUGAUGCGUCCUCUCCAGCCGGUCGCGCUCAAGAACCACCUGGUCAGUCUCGCGUCCCCUCCGGAUGCCUCACCCAAUCCGGAUGUGGUCGUAGACUUUUACCUGGACCCGAUCAAGACACAUUGCUUUGCUAGUUUUACGUCGGUCUCGGCAGCGUCGCGAGUCCGCACCGCCCUCCACGGUACGGUAUGGCCCAACGAACGCAACCGCAAGACUCUAUUCGUGGACUUUAUUCCGGAAGACAAGUUGUCACUGUGGAUUGAGAAGGAAGAAGGUUCGCGACAGCGCGGUGGCCCUCCCGCGCGCUGGGAAGUGCGCUAUGAGCCAACCGACGAUGGCGUAGAAGCUGUUCUCGAAGAGGUUGAUCCCAGAAGCGCUUCAUCUCAACAUACGCGUGCGCCUGACGCCUCAGGCUUUUCUCGUCCUCCGCCUACCGGGCCACGGGCUGAGAUGGGCGCUCCUCGACGUCCCAGUGGCCCAGUCACGGCCGAUUCGAGUUCACGACCUGGUCAAGGAUUCAAGCCGCUGGAUGAACUUUUCAUGUCUACUACUACCAAGCCCAAGCUCUACUACCUCCCGGUCCCUCGGGAGGUGGCCGACCGGCGUUUGGAUCGGUUCGACGAUUUGCUACGAAAGGGCGAGUUCCCCCGACGCGGAGGAGAUGAGCGCCGUCGCAUCACCUUCGAGGAUGAAGAUUUCUUCGUCGAUAAUGGACCCGACUUUGGUGGUGGGCGCAACCGACGAGGCCGGGGCCGCGGUGGUCGUGGACGCGGAGGGUUCGGAGAUUCGUGGAGAGAUGACCGACGUAGUCGGUAUUGAAAUGAACAGAUAUACCCCUGAUGAUAUACUAUGGAGCUGCCAUGGUUUGGGAUUAGGUACUUGGUGUAAUUGCAAUUUCGUGUACAGUAGGCGAAUGCCAAGUUGGCGCGGGGGAUAAGAAAAAUAUGAUCUACGGGACAAGAAGUGAUUUGAUUUGAGCCAAGAUGGCGAGGUGUAUACUAGGUUGGGUAAGUGUCUCCGGGAGACGAAUCAACGAAUA